UUGGGUGUAGUAGCGGAAAGAUGGCAGCCGACACAGGGCGAUACAGGAGCGCGGUGUCCAAAAGCAAAGACCCCUCGGGCUUAUUAAUCUCUGUUAUAAGGACCCUGUCAAGCAGUGACGAUGUGCAGGACCGGGAGACGGAGAAGAGUCGCCUGGAGGACGCCUAUGAGAAAUGUGACCGUGAUCUGGAUGAGCUCAUUGUUCAGCACUACACUGAACUCACCACCGCCAUCCGCACCUACCAGAGCAUCACCGAGAGGAUCACCAACUCUCGCAACAAGAUCAAACAGGUGAAGGAGAACCUGCUGUCGUGUAAGAUGCUGCUGCACUGUAAGCGGGACGAGCUGAGGAAGCUGUGGAUCGAGGGGAUAGAGCACAAGCACGUCCUCAAUCUGCUGGACGAGAUCGAGAACAUCAAGCAGGUCCCCCAGAAACUGGAGACCUUCAUGGCCAGCAAGCACUACCUGCACGCCACCGACAUGCUGGUGUCUGCGGUGGAGUCUCUGGAGGGGCCUCUGCUGCAGGUGGAAGGCCUUAGCGACCUGCGUCUGGAGCUGCACAGCAAGAAGCUGAACAUUCAUGUAGUGCUGAUUGAUGAACUGCACCGUCACCUCUACAUCAAGUCCACCAGCCGUGUGGGCCACCGGGGCAAGGACAAGGACAAGGGCCGGCUCGGAGGGUCCACUCCAAAGGACUCGUCCAUUUUGGACGUCAGCAGCCUGUCCACUCCGCGUAAACUCAUGGAGCCCUCUCAAUUCGGCACUCCAGGAACAUCAACCAUUCGAGAUCUCGAGGAUUUGGAGGGAGACCCAGAAGAGAACAGCGCUGAGUUCAUGGGCAUACUGAUCCAGGCUUUGGCCAAACUUAAGAAGAUCCCGGAGACCAUUAAUGCCAUCUUGGAGCGCCUAGAGCCAGAACUCAAACAGAUCCUGAAGAGAUCCACCACCCAGAUUGCAGACCAGAUUGCUUACCAGAAAGGAGAAGGCCUGGUUCAGGACAACCAGCCGAGGUUGCUGCUGGAACUGCUCGAGCUGCUGUUUGACAAGUUCAACGCCGUGGCGACGGCUCACAGUAUUGUUCUGAACCAUCUGCAGCAGAUUGUGGUGUCUCCCAACGGAGCCCAGGAGGGCAUCAAACUUUACGAGCAGGCCGACGUCUCCGCCAAGAUCCAGACUGUGCUGCAGGUGUUGCUGAUGGACUACCUGGAUGUGAAGAACACUCGCAGUGCUGCCGAACCCUCUGCUCAGCUGUCUUAUGCCAGCACCGGAGGUGACUUUGGGGCCUUUUUCGCCAAGAAGAAACCACUUCGGCCCAAACAGUCUCUCUUCAAGUUUGAGUCUUCGUCCCACGCCAUAAGCAUGAGCGCCUACCUGCGAGAGCAGCGGCGGGAACUCUACAGCAAGAGCGGAGAGCUGCAAGGAGGAGCAGACGAUAACCUGAUCGAGGGAGGUGAGACUAAGUACCUGUGCAAGCCAGGAGCCAGGAACAUCACAGUCAUUUUUCAGCCACUGCUCAGGUUUAUUCAGGAGGUGGAGUUGAGCAUGGGGCCGGGCAAGCAGUGCCAGCUUCACACCUUCCUCACCUACUACAUCAACGACCUGUUCCUCAACCAGGUGCGUACCGAGACCAAUAAGGAGAUCGAGGCUGUUACUAAAGUGGCUGACCCCCUCAAGAUCCUGGCCAGUGCCGACACCAUGAAGAACCUGGGUGUUCAGAGACCUCUGCUUCAGAGCACUGUGAUAGUGGAGAAGUCCAUCCAGGAUCUGAUGAGCCUGAUGCGGGAUCUCAGUGCAUACUCCAACCAGUUUCUAGAGAUGAUCUGUGACAAGCUUAAAGAAUACAAGGAAAUUUGCAACACCGCCUACAGGGGUAUCGUGCAGUGUGAGGAGAAGCUGACCAUCAGCGCGUCCUGGGCCAAAGAUGAGGACAUUAGCCGCCUGCUGCAGUCGCUGCCCAACUGGGCCAACAUGGCUCAGCCCAGACAGCUACGGCAGAAGAGGGAGGAUGAGGAGGACUUUACCCGAGCCGCCUUCGCUAAGGAGUCCGAGGUAUUGACUGGCAACCUGGGAGACAAGCUGAUCCCUCAGAACGAAAUUCUUCGGGAUGUGAGUGACCUGAAGGCCCUGGCUAACCUGCAGGAGAGCAUGGAGUGGCUAGCUGCUCGCCUCAAAGGCUUCUUCUCCAGUCUGCCACAAAGUUCUAGUGCAUCUCCAGGCUCAGACACCCAGGCGAGCAGUGAGAGUGCACGCAGUCGAGAGCACAUCCUGCAGACCCUCUCCGACCUUUCCAGGUCCUUCCAGGACAUUGCUGACCGCUGCCUGCUCGUGCUACACUUGGAGGUCAGAGUUCACUGCUUCCACCAUCUCAUCCCGCUGGCCAAGCAGGGCAACUACGCCAUCGUGGCCAACGCUACCAGCAUGGACUACGACCCCCUGGUGGUCAAGCUCAAUAAGGACAUCAGUGCCAUCGAGGAGGUGAUGGGGGCAGCGCUGCAGCAGCACAAGUUCCAGUACAUCUUCGAGGGUUUGGGCCACCUGAUCUCCUGCAUUCUGAUCAACGGGGCUCAGUACUUUAAGCGCAUCAGCGAGUCUGGCAUUAAGAAGAUGUGCAGGAACAUCUUUGUGCUUCAGCAGAACCUCACCAACAUUACCAUGUCACGGGAAGCGGACCUGGACUUUGCGAGGCAGUACUAUGAGAUGCUGUAUAACACGGCUGAUGAGCUGCUGAACCUGGUGGUGGAUCAGGGCGUGCGAUACACAGAGCUGGAGUACAUCAACGCUCUCAGCCUGCUGCACCGCAGCCAAACGGGCGUCGGAGACCUGACAGUGCAGAACAUGCGUUUACAGCGCCUCAAAGAGAUCAUCUGCGAGCAGGCAGCCAUCAAACAGGCCACCAAGGACAAGAAGAUCACCACUGUAUAGACCCCCGUCACCUAAACAAAGACACUAUACACUAAAGCUGUCCAGUUCUGGUCCUGGAAGGCUGAAGUCCAGCACAGUUUGAUGAUUUUUCUGCUUAAACAUGCCUGCUAACUAAAGUCAGUUGCAAAGGUUGGAACAUCUCUGGUGUGAAAGUGAAAUAAAUUGAAUAAAUCAAAAUUGUGCACUAAAAUCUGCAGAGGAAUGAUCUAAAAUCUGCAGAUCAUGGAAAUCGACAUUUUCCUCAUUUUGUUUCAAAUAAGAUAAUUUGGUAACACUUUACUGUAGGGCAGUGUUCAUAAGGCUACAUAACACCCACACAAACUUGUUAUGACAACUGACAUAACCCUUUAUAAAUGUUUAUAAAUGCUUAAUCCAACAGGUGUCAUUCACUAUAAAGGUUAUAUUUGCCACUUUUGAUCAAAGCCAAAGCUGUUGACGUCAGUUGGAAUAAGCAUUAAUAAACAUUUUUGUAGGGUUAUGUCAGUUGUCAUGGCAAGUUUGUGUAGGUAUUAUGUAGCCUUAUGAACAGCACCUUACCUUGAAGUGUUACCGAUAGUUUGAUGUAGUGUGCAAACACUGUUAACGUUUCAAAUUGUGUCGUUCCCUCGCUGGACCUUUAAAGGUUCUCCCUGAGGAGGAUUUGUAGUCAUUGUCACUCAGAAAAUCAAUAAACAAACAUAUUUGACCAGGAGUGACCAAACCUUUGCAUAUGACUGUAACCACUGAGUUUUGUCCGAAGUUUUUGAGCAGGAAAUCACCACACUGUGCUGGACGAAGGCCUUCCAAUGCAGGAGCUCGACCACCGAUGGCCAGCGCGGUCAGUCCACAGUGGUGUCUUGCACAGUCCAGUCAAUAUUUCAAUGUUUUAUUACCUUGGCGGAUGAUGCGCCUUGCCGAUUUAAGCUUUGUGCAUUUGAAUUGCUAAUUUGCUUCCCUGUUGUUUAUUAUUAUUUUUUUCAACUUUACAAUUUACAUGAAGGUGAAGGUUCACUGAGGGACGUUUUUGUGGGCGACACUACUAAAAGAGAGCAUUUCAGCUUUGCAUACAUGCUUUCUACAUAUAUCUCUACUUAACCACAAACGCAGGAGCAACUCUUUAAUGAAAUAAUCCUUCGAGCGAGCCCCGGCCUCACCUUGCGGAAUAAGCAGAUGGAUUCUAGGCGCGUGGCUCAGGGACGCUGUCAUCUCAUUUUCCUGUAAUAUAAAACCGUGCUCUCAAUUAUGGAAUGUCCCAGCCCACAGCUUGUGCCCGGAAUAACAGAUGCCAGAUUAGAACGCUGGAAUUAUUAUCAGCCCAAUAGAACGGACUCCUUCUGCUUUUGUUGAUUUGUUUUGCUCCCUCAGGAAAGGAAAUGGGAAAUGGCCACGUUUUUUUUUUUUUAUCCCUUUCCCUCUUCUCAGCGUCCCUGGUUGCGGUAUACUGCGGUCGGCCUUACAGCAGAGGUGAGGAUUGAUCCUGUACACCUUAACACACUCCGCAGCGUCUGUAGGCCCGCGCAUAAACAAUAGGAGCUGAGAUUCGAGGUCUUAUCGGUGGGGAAGUGAUCUCCGGCCUCCGACUGCAGCUAUUAAAACUUUAUUUCGGCUCUUUUUCUUAAGUCCCCCGUGCUGAAGGCGGCAAAUCUGUCUCUUAUUCACUCACUCACACACAAAACCACAAAUCAUUCAUUCUCUCUGUCCCUUGGUGUUUUUAGUUCAUUAACUCUGAAGAAAAGUACUUAACAAGAGAGGGAGAGAGAAAGCCCUGUCGAUACACAACGCAGGCGCCAGGCAACAGCGCUCCCCGAAGCCGGCACAACAAUCCAUCAUUGUGACUCGGCGUCAGGAAUCAAUAUCGGCCUCCGGGCCGCCGAAGGUAUUAACGCAGAGAAACAUCUUUAAUAUUCCAGCCUAAUUUGAAUCUCGUGUGUGCGGAGUGAAGAGGUUGUGUGUGCGGAGUGAAGAGGUUGUGCGAACGUUGCAGAAAUGUCGCAGAACGCACGGCCUGUGACGGCUGCGGACAUGGGGUCUCUCCUAAACUGUCUGCGUGCCUGCCUGAGCACUUGUUAAGCCAGAUGCGUUUGACCUAAACAUCAUGCCUUUAGGUUUAUUUCAUCAGUGAUAAAAAAAAAAGGGAAGAACGCCAGAGGUGCAUAUCGUCACUGUCCAAAGAAAAUCAUGUAUCUCCAUUUUUGUCGAUU